AUGCGAUUCUCUUUCACUACAAUUCUAUUUAGUGCAGUAGGCUUGGUCCAGUCGACUCCUCUUGUCAGGGCUGCGAAACCUCCUCACUUCUUCCUGAUCGGAGACUCCACCGUCGCGGUCAACGGUGGCUGGGGUGACGGAUUUCUGUCUUAUCUAAACUCACCAGCAGAAGGCGACAACAGAGGCGUCAGCGGUUCGACCACAGUAUCGUGGAAAUCCAGUGGCCGCUGGGACAAGCUCAUCCAAGAUAUUGGUGCAGCCAAGACUGAUUUUGAGCCGGUAGUCACCAUCCAGUUUGGCCACAAUGAUCAGAAAGUGAUGGGUUUGGAUGAAUUCCAUACCAAUCUGGUAGAUAUAGGUAAUCAGAUCAAGGAAGCAGGAGGUACACCGAUCUUUAUCACGUCAUUGACCCGUCGCACAUUCCAAAAUGGAGAGGUUGUCCAGAAUCUCAAGGAUUGGGCAGCCGAGACUAUCUCUGCCGCUGGAGAUGUCGGCGUCGACUUUCUUGAGCUGAACAAAGCAAGCACAGAUUAUGUCAAUUCCAUCGGAGAGACGGAUUCACAGUAUUACAAUUGGGGACCCGGUGAUAGGACACAUCUCAACCCUGCUGGCGAGGUUGUUUUCGGGCGCCUGGUUCUUGACUUGCUACUUGAGAAACGAGAGGAUUUCUCGCAGUAUUUCACUGCCAAUGAAGCACUCAGUGACAAGAUCAAGAAGGGCGAAUUCGCGACUGGCGAGGAGUAG